GUUCAAAAAAACCGACUCGUUCGCCAAAGUCACAUCUCUUGUUUACUUCCGGUGGCUAGCCAGCAGAAGCGACUCGUAAACGAAUUUGUUGACCUUCCCCCGAUGCAGGGCCACCAUGAACAUCCUGCCCAAGAAGAGCUGGCACGUCCGGAACAAGGACAAUGUGGCCCGUGUGAGGAGGGAUGAAGCCCAGGCUGCGGAGGAGGAACGUGAGGCCAAGCGACGAGUGGACAGAGCCGAGCAGGAGGCACGCACGGAAUAUCUGCGGAGGAAAGCAAGAGCAGCUCUCCAGUCGGCAGAAGGAGAAAGCCGGGAAGACAAAGAUGAGGGACAAAGUGUGGCUUCGGAGCACCUCAACCUGUUCCCCCUGGAGGACUCCUCCGAGAAGAAGGGCAACGAGGAGUACCUCAAGGAGAAGCAAGAGGAGAAGGAGAAACAGGAGCGCGCCAUCGGCCUGCUGGUGUCCCUGGGACCUCAGCCUGGGACCGAGGUGACGCCAUGGUACAUGAAGACAGCCCAGGAGAAGGAAGAGGAGAAGCAGAAGCAGAAGCAGGAGAAGGGCAAGACCAAGGAGAUAAGCGAGGAGGAGAAGGAGAGGAAAGAUCGCCGGCUGAAGGACAGCUUGGACCCGCUGAAAGACAUGCGGCAAGCAGUCGGCGGGACGGCCAUGAAGACUCACAAGAAGAAGGACAGGAGAGACAGAGGAGAGAAGAGGAGCAGUGGGGAAAGCUCCAUAGAGCGACUCCGAGCCGAGCGCCUGCAGAGGGAGGCGGAGGAGCGGCGGCGAGCUCAGACUCUCCUGGCUCAGCGUAACGGAAAGGACAAGCAGGCGGCGAAGGAGCAGAGCGAGCGCGAGAGGCCGUACAACAACGCUUACUUCCCCGAGCUGGCUCGGAAGAGACAGAGGCGGGACAGAGACAGCUGGAGGGACGAGAUUUUAAAAUCCUGAACUCUUCGUACUCGCAAACCAAGGUGGUGCGCAAUUUACUAAUAGUUGGUCAAGUGCAUUACAAAUCAAAUAGAUUAUCAUUAUUACUGACCACUCCAUCACUUUCGUCUUCCUCAGUAAGACACUGAUGGUGUUGUCUGCUUCAUCAAGUCACAGAAAAUGUUUCCGCUCUAUCAACCGCAACUCGCCAAUACAUGCAGCACUCGUGCAGCCCCAGACCACACCAGCAAGACAGUCAUCUUGCUCCUUGACUCCAUUUCUGCAGAAGGUAAAGCUCUACUGCACAGGUGUCCGCGAGACCUCACUAGUUUAAUGAAAGCAAUCUAAGGGAGAUUGCCUUUGUAGUCUGGUAGUCUUAACAAUUGUCCAGGUGUUAUCAUGUCGCCAGCUAGUGGACAAGGUGAGUCAUUUCACUCUGAUAGGACGCAUGCACAGCAUUCACUUAUAUGGCCCUUUGCAAACAAACUUCCUUAGUCAUGGUGCAAAAAAUAAAAUACAAAAUGUCAACACACAUUGUCACACAUAAAACUCACUGAACUUUAUAAAAAAAAAACGUCAAUGCACCAAAAAAAAAAAUUAAAUCACACCCCUUUAAAUUCCUUCCAAAGCAAGAUGGGAAAAAUGCGAAACAUUCUCUCCACACUUUAUCCAUGUUUGGCACAUUUUAGCUGCUUGAUAUUCCUGAUUGAUUACAAAACGUUAAGGAGGUCGUCAUGGAAGAAAACAAAGUAGGAGUUGAACUUUCACAUACUCUUAAUAUCCAAUUAAAUGAAUUAUUAAUGAUAUAUCCGUUAUAAUAAUAUAAUAUGUACACAUAUGUAUACAUAUAUGUGUAGGGUACACACACACACACAUAUAUAUAUAUAUAUAUAUAUAUAUAU